AUGAUAGAAAAAUUGAAGGAUGACAACUACUCUUCUUGGUGCAGUGAUAUGAAGUUUGUUCUCAUCGACCGGAACCUAUGGAAUAUCGUCACUGGAAAAGAGACCAAGCCCGAAAUUAGCACGGAUAGAGGGGUUACCGCGAAAGACGUCGCAAAUUUCGAAGCUAGGAGUCAAUCUGCUGUUGCCGUGAUAUAUCUACACGUCGGAGAUGAAUUCAGGAAAAUUAUUGAGAAUACCGAAGAUCCCCACGAAGCGUGGAACCAAUUGAGGGAAAACUACUUUCCAGACAACAGAAGUAUCAAGAUGAAGCUCUUUUCGGAGUUAACCUCAUCUAGAAUGGAAGAAAACGAGAAAAUCAACGUAUUCGCAGCCAGAUUGAGGAGAAUUUACGAUCGUAUGAAGGAGUUCAAGACCCCAUUUUCGGAGGAAUUUUUGUCAUUCCAACUGCUCCGGUACCUCCCAUCCUGUUUCGACGGAAUUGUCCAGAGUAUACUGCGGAGAAGUGAUGAAGAUUUCAUUUUUUCAAAGAUUGUGUCCGACCUGGUAGCUGAGGAAAAUCGUCUAUCUUUGAGAAAUGAUGAUUUUGACAUUCAAGCCAAGACAACUUUCGCAGUAAACAAGGACUACAACAAAAGCGUAACGUGUUUCCGUUGUCGAAAGACUGGUCAUAUCAAGAGGUAUUGUCCUGAAGCAAAGAGUCGUCCCUUAAGUCCAAGGAGAGGUCGUUCGAGAUGGAAAAGGCGCGGUUCUCAACGGCGAAGUGAUGACCACCACCGUUCUCCAUCGGCUGACUUUUGUGAGUAUGAAGAUUUCUUUUUAAGUGAGGCAAACUGUCUAAUGGAUAGAUCCAGUUCAUAUAUCUUUGAUUGUGCCGCCACCCACCACUUCUCAAAGGACAGAGACAUUUUUCAGAACUUUGUAGAAUUAAGUAACAAAGAAAUGGCUGUAGCCAUUGAAGACGAUGAAAGUUCCGUGUACGAAGAUGCGAGCCAAUCCCAGAACGUAGAAAAUUCUACCGGUUCAGAUCGCGAAAUCGACACUACGUCGGAAGAUGAAAGUUCCAUUGAUGAAGAAUUGAAAGAAAUGGCUAAAAAUGAACCUCUCCCAACUAUAGCUCAAAUAACUGCUGACACAAUCACUAAACUCGCUAACAAGUAUUGGUCUCCAGGCAUCUUCUUAAAACAACCUCAAUACGAUCCUAAUAUUAUUACUGAGAUAUAUAAUGAAGAGCUCCUGGGGUCUGAUUUUGCAAUUAAACGUAUUAUGUAUCUGGAAUUCAGCCAAUAUUUAGAAAAUUAUCUAUGGCCGAAUUACAAAAGUGGAGCAACUCACGCACACAUGAUGUCGAUCGUUAUUAUGGUGAAUGAAAAAUUUCGUGAAAGAGUACCUGCUUGGGAAGCUUUUAAAAGAAGACCUGAUCAUUUCCCUGCAUUUUUUAAACAAGUAUUAAAAAGUGUGUUAGAUGAAUCGAUAUUAUUAAAAGAAAGAACCUCUUUGUUAAUAUUUCUCAUUCAUUGUUUUAAUAGUUGCGAAGUAGAAAACAUACGAGACAAUGUAAAGAAAAUUGUAUCGUUAGCUGUGUGGUUUAAUAUCCUCCCUGAAAGAAGAGAUCAAGAGUUUAAGAAGUGUACCGUCUUAAUAAAAUAUUGGAAUAAACUAAAGAAGAAGGAUAAAAGUUUAAGUGAAGAGGAGUUGGAAUCGGUUACUUUUGAUCGAAAGUUCAUUUCUCAGUUAAUUCACAACUUUUUCAAUAUCUUAGAAAGUAUUCCAAAUAAGGAAAAGUGCCCAGACCUCGAUAAAGAUUCCUGGGAAAAAGUUCAUUAUUGCGAACGAUUUAUUGAACUGUUAGUUGAUUUAGAGGCUCUACCUUUAACAAGACGCUUUUGUAAUGUAUUAAUAGAUGACUGUCAUGUUGUUGUUAAAUGUCACUUAUCUAACCUUACCAAAAGAACAGAAGGCCGAUUGUUUUCUCAAUUGCUUGAUAUUUUGAAAUUUUAUUCUAGGUUUGAGGUUAAUGAAUUUACUGGUGAGCCUCUUAGUGAUAAUGAUAUGAUGUUGUUACAUUAUGCAUUAUUCACAAAUGUUCAGAGAGCUGCAUUUAAGAAAUUCCCAGAUCUUAAGCAAUUUUACUUAGCAAAUGUUGCUAGUGUAGACACAAGAGAAAAUCUUGAAAAAAUAUUUUCAUCUUUGAACAAUGAAACAUUGCAUGACAUUGCAGCAUUUGUAAGGCUUUUGCCCAUGGAUGUUCAAAAGCCGUAUGAAAAUCAGUUCCUUUUGGAACUACUGAUCUCAAAGUUAGAAAAACGAGAUUCUCAACUGGAAGCCUUAAAUCAAAUGCCAUUAUAUCCAACUGAGAAAAUAAUCUGGGAUGAAAAUAUCGUACCCUCGGAAUAUUUUUCUGGUGAAGGCUGUCUGGCACUGCCCAAACUGAACUUGCAGUUUCUAACAUUGCAUGAUUAUUUGUUCAGAAAUUUUAACUUGUUUCGUUUGGAGUCAACAUAUGAAAUUCGACAAGAUAUUGAAGACGCCAUAAGAAGAUUGAGACCUUGGCAAACUGAAGUUGGUGACGUCAUGUUUGGCGGAUGGGCUCGUAUGGCUCAGCCUAUCACAUCAUUUACUAUCAUAGAAGUUGGAAAGCCUAACAUUGGUGAAAAACAACCGUCAAGAGUUCGAGCAGAUGUGACAGUAACUCUAAGCACAAGGCAUGAAAUCAAGUCGGAAUGGGAAGCUUUAAGGAAGCAUGAUGUCUGUUUUCUGAUUACAGUAAAACCAAAAUCAUUACCCGGUACAGCAUAUGAUACAAAACAACCUUUUGUCCCUCAAGUUGGACUUACUUAUGUGAGAGGUUGUGAAAUUGAAGGUAUGCUCAGUCCUACUGGUAAAGUUAUAGAAGAAGGACCAGAACCUAAGCCCAAAUUUGAAGGUGAUAAAAGAACUUUCCGUGUUUGGCUAGACUGUAAUCAAUAUCGACAGGACAUGUUGAAUGCAGUUGGAGGCAAGGAGGAUGUUUAUGAAACAUUUAAUGUAAUAAUGAGAAGAAAACCAAAAGAGAAUAACUUUAAAGCUGUUUUGGAAACUAUUCGUAAUCUGAUGAAUACUGAAUGUGUUGUUCCUGAUUGGUUGCACGAUAUUGUACUUGGUCACGGAGAUCCUGGUGCUGCUCAUUAUUCAAAAAUUGAAAACCAAAUAAAAGAAUUUAAUUUUAAUGACACUUUUCUUGAAAUUGAUCAUUUAAGAAAGAGCUUUCCUGGUGUUGAGAUAAGUGUCGAUGUGGAUGAUCCAAAAAAAUUGAUUCCACCAUUUAAAAUUAAAUUUGAAGAUAAAAAAAAUUGUGAUGAUGUUGCUCAAAAUCAGGAUGCAUCUAAAAAGCUGAUUGUUGUUCCUCAUGUACUGCUUAGUAGAGGCCCAUAUUUAUAUGAACAGCCUAAGAAAAAUAUGGUACAUUUUACUCCGACGCAAAUUGAAGCAAUUCGAUCAGGCAUGCAGCUAGGUUUAACAAUGGUAGUGGGCCCUCCUGGAACAGGUAAAACAGAUGUUGCUGUUCAGAUUAUUUCCAACUUGUACCAUAAUUUUCCUAAUCAAAGAACAUUGAUAGUUACUCAUUCCAAUCAAGCACUGAAUCAACUAUUUGAAAAGAUUAUGGCUUUAGAUAUCGAUGAAAGGCAUCUUCUACGUUUGGGACAUGGGGAAGAAUCUUUAGAAACGGAAAAAGAUUUUAGUCGAUAUGGUCGAGUGAAUUUUGUUCUGGCUAAGCGUUUGCAAUUACUUAAUGAAGUGAAAUUGUUGCAAGAAAGCUUAAAUGUGCCUGGUGAUGUUUCUUACACCUGUGAAACUGCUGGACAUUUUUAUAUGUAUCAUGUACUGGCGAGAUGGGAAGAAUUCAUAAGUAAGGUAAAGCCUGGGAAAGGUAAAAAGGUUCCGGUAGGAAUGGUAGGGGAGUUUUUUCCAUUUAAGAAAUUUUUUGACAGCGCUCCUCAGCCCCUUUUCAAAGCUAAGGCAUUUGAAGAAGAUAUUGAAGUAGCAGAAGGAUGCUUUCGUUACAUCAAGAAGAUUUUCUCUCAGUUAGAUGAAUUUAGGGCAUUUGAGCUCCUCAGGAGUGGAUUAGAUCGAUCUCAGUAUCUGCUUGUGAAAGAAGCUAAAAUAAUUGCAAUGACUUGCACCCACGCUGCUUUGAAAAGAAAAGAACUUGUAGAAUUGGGAUUUACAUAUGACAACAUUUUAAUGGAGGAAUCCGCUCAGAUUCUUGAAAUUGAAACUUUCAUCCCACUUUUGUUACAGAAUCCUCACGAUGGGUUUAAUCGGUUGAAACGAUGGAUCAUGAUAGGGGACCACCAUCAACUUCCACCUGUGAUUAAAAACAUGGCUUUUCAAAAGUACAGUAAUAUGGAACAGUCUUUGUUUACUAGGUUUGUUCGUCUUGGAAUUCCCACUAUUGACUUGGAUGCUCAAGGAAGAUCUAGGCCUACCAUAUGUGAACUAUACCGUUGGCGUUAUAAAAAUCUUGGGAACCUGCCUCAUGUACUUAAUUUACCAGAGUACAAAAAAGCCAAUGGAGGGUUUUGGUAUGAUUAUCAGCUCAUAAAUGUCGAAGAUUUCAUGGGUGUUGGAGAAUCAGAGCCAAAUCCUUAUUUCUAUCAAAACUUGGCUGAAGCAGAAUAUGUUGUUGGAGUGUUCAUGUACAUGAGAAUCCUCGGAUAUCCGGCUGAAAAAAUAUCCAUCUUGACCACCUACAAUGGCCAAAAGCAUCUCAUCCGAGAUGUUGUGAACAAAAGAUGUGUGGAUAAUCCCCUUUUUGGCCGACCUCAGAAAAUAGCAACUGUUGACAAAUACCAAGGACAACAAAAUGACUACAUUCUUCUUUCUCUCGUAAGGACUAAAGCUGUCGGUCAUUUGAGAGACGUACGCCGACUUGUUGUUGCGAUGUCCCGAGCACGGCUGGGGUUGUACAUAUUCGCAAGGGUCUCUUUGUUUCAAAAUUGCUUCGAGCUUGCUCCUUCAUUUAAAAUUCUGAUGCAAAGACCUCAAGAACUGUACCUUACUCCGCAUGAAAAUUACAUUUGCUCUAGAAAUAACGAGGAUGUGCCCAUGACUGAGCCCUACAUAAUUUAUGAUAUGCCUCAAAUGGCGAAAUUUGUUUUUGAUUUCUAUCAGCAAAAAUUGGAGCUUGUAAAAAUGCAUGUCCAGGAAGGAAGGUAGUUUUUGGAAGAAGCUACAAUGUUCAUAAAACAACUGUCAUAUUUAAAA